ACUUUCUACGCGCAUUUGCAAAGUCUCACCCUUCCUUUUCAUUUCAAGCACACACACCAACGCACAUGGCAAUUUCAUUUCCUUUCAUAAAAUACAAAACAAUACAACACUAUGCACUUUCCAGUACUACUACUAUUCUAAUCCAAUAUUAUGCUUCCGUAACUAAUAUUCUCCUAUAUAUAUAUAUAUAAAUAAACACUCAUUCAUUCUCCUUCCUACACUCAAACCAAACUUCAAACACCUUUCAACACUAUUCAUUCCCAGCAGAAUCAAAUUAGGGUUUCGUCAUGGGAAAUUACGUUUCAUGCACCUUAGCUCCACCGUUGAUGAGGAACGCCAAAGCUACUAGGGUAAUUCUUCCAACUGGAGAAGUGAAGCAAUUCAGAGAAAUCAUGAAAGCUGCGGAGCUUAUGUUAGAGAAUCCAAACUAUUUCUUAGUCAAUUCUCGUUCUCUUCACAUUUCUACAAGAUUCUCUCCUCUCGCUGCAGACGAAGAACUGGAAUUCGGAAGUGUUUAUAUAUUUUUUCCUAUGAGAAGACUCAACUCUGUUGUUACGGGAGCUGACAUGGCGGUGCUCUUUCUAGCGGCGAAUUCUGCUGCAAAACGGUUACGUGCCGGAAAGACACGUGUCCAACCGGACGAGAGUUCGGUUGAUGGUGUUGAGAAUGAUCAAAAGGAGUGUGUUCGGAGGUUGAGUUUGGAAGGAGUUGAAUCAGGGUUUAGUUACAGGUUAAGUUAUUGUAGAUCAAAGAAACCUUUUCUAGAGACUAUAAAUGAAGAACCAAUUAGGUCAAGAUGAUGAUAGGUUUAGGUUAUUAUCAAUGUUCCAUUAAAAUUAGUUAUACAAGUGUGCUGUGAUUGAUCUUGGAUGAUGUUAAUAGAAUUCGUUACAGAAAAAAUUAGGGUUGAUAGAGAUUAAUUUGGUUGAUUCAUAAGAUACAAUUCAAAAAAUUAUGUGA